AUGACGAAAGAUCCACGAGCAAGCGAUAUUCAACAUUUCGAAUGGGCGUUCGGCCUGAAUCGUUUCGUCUUCGGUCUAAUGGGCGUGUGGCCGAAAAAACGGCCCAACGACGACAGCAACAGCAACAGCUCGUUCAUGUCCACGAACGUCCUCGUGAUUCCCGGCAUGAUCGUCCUGCUGGUGGGGGGCCUGAUCGCGCCGCAGAUGUACGCCCUCAGCAGGAUCUACGACGACUUCACCCUCGUCAUCGAUAAUCUCACCACCGUCAAUCCGUGCGUCUGUGCCGUCAUGAUGCUCUACUUUCUCUGGUCGAAUCGCGACUCGGUUGCAAGGAUCACCAAGAUCAUCGAGCUCGACUGGCUGCGCGACGUCCAACGAAGCCCCGGCGAGCGCCUCACGAUGCUGCGCUACGCCGGCUACGGGCGCACCUUCACGCUCUCGGGCUGCUUCAUCACGAUCUUCGCCGUGCUCUGCUUCGUCGUCACCCCCUUUCUCGGUCUCAGCUUCCGGCUGAUCAACAAUCGCACGGACCAGGUCGGCCGGCGCAGGAUUCAUCUGCCCCUGCAGUCGGUCUAUCCGGGCGAUUACCUGCGGUCGCCCUACUACGAGCUGUGCUACGCCGCGCAGAUGCUCGGCGGCUGCAUCGUCGGCAUGACGAUCGCGGCGACGGACAACUUUUUCGCCGCGCUGACGUUUCACGCGAGCGCCCGAUGCCGAGUGCUGGCCGAGAGGAUGGCCGGCCUCGCGCUCAUCGGGAUCGCCCGGGAGGAGGAAUUUUUUCGUGCUUUGGGAGCGUCGAUACGCGAGCACGUGAGAAUCAUAAGACUCGUGCGGACGAUCGAGAGGAUCUUCAACCAAUUGCUCCUGACGAAGCUCAUCUGCAUGCCACUCGUCGUCUGCUUCGUGGGACUCGAACUGAUAGGCUCGUUUGGCAGCGAGAGCAUCCGAUUGACGACGCUGUUCGCUCAGGUCGGGGCUCUGGUCACGAUGGUGUUUCACGCGUUAAUCGACUGCGUCGCCUGCGAAGUACUCAUGAAGUACGAACAUCAGCCAAGCCGUUUACGAUUCCGCGUGGUACGAUUUACCCGCGCGCUAUGCGAAAUGCUUCAUUCCGAUUCUCAUACAGCUCAAGUAUCCGCUGAGACUUACGGCUGGUAA